AUGAUACCCAGGUUUCUUACUCUGUCCUCCGUAGAAUUAUGCAUGUUAUCUUCUUCAACGGCACUAAACAACGAACGUAAAACAUUUCUAUUUCGUUCUCGUCUUCCACAAACAAAUGUACAGAGUCCUUACGCUGAUCCUACUCGUACAAAGGUUAAAGUUCAGAACGAGGUUUUUAUCACAGUGGAAAGUCCCGAAGAGGACAUCGCUUCGGAUUCGUCAAAUUCAUCAUUUAGAUCAUUCACAAAAUCGACCAUGCUAACAAAGAAAUUCUCUUCUUUUAACAUUGAUAGCAAAGUAAUUUGA